AUGCCCGCCAUUCGACGCGGGAGUACAUACCUCGAUGUCUCCACGACAGCACACACGCCUGAGGGGCGUCUGAAACUCGAUAAACUUCAUGCUAAUCGCAACCUUGCGUACCAGAAUGCUGUCUGUACCGCUUUGCUAUUCAUUUGCGAUGAAAAUCGCGACCUUGAUCCCGCGGAUACCUUAAGCGUAUCCUUUAAUGCUUUCCAGACUACAAUGAGAGGUCGGGCAAGCGCUGCUGAUAUGAAAAUGGGCUCUGGCAAGCAUCCUCACUUGCGGCGGCUGCUCUCAUUCUUUUGGGAGCAUGGGCAGAUUGACUUGACCUUUGCCCACAAUGGCCGUCAGCGGAACGUGGUCCAAGAGAUCGAUAUUCAACCAAGUUUCCGCGAAAUGCAAUCAUCAUUGUCACCUCGUGAAAAAUUCAGGGCAUAUAUGCCGCCUGCAACCAGUUGGUUGCAAGCGGGCGAACCCACUCGGAGUCUAGAAGCCCGGCUAGAGGACCAGAGAGGACCAGCGGCCGUCUGCCCUCUCUGUAGCGGAGCAAAGCAGCGCAUCUGUGCUUCACGCAAGACGCUGCUGCCUUCCUCUCUGAGCUCACGGGACUGUGUCGUUCUCAUCACCGGUACUACAGGCAUCGUGGGCGCACACCUUCUGGAAUGCUUGCUCAGUGCAUCACACAUCACUCGUACAUUUCUUCUCAACCGUGCUAAGCCCGGAACUCCGACCAUGUUGGAACGUCGAGAAGAGAUUUUCCAGACAUAG